AUGAAGAUCUCCUUAGCCCUUGUAUACGCUGCCAUCACUGGCUUGAGUAGCGCCCGCGCUCUUGACAAGAGAAACGAGCUUGCCAAGCGCCAGGCAUCCGAAGAGUGCCCAGUCGGUUACUGUACACAAAACGGCGGCACCACCGGUGGAGCAGCCGGUGAUACCGUCACGGUCUCUGACUUGGCUAGCCUCACGGAAGCUGCUGAGAGCGAUGGACCUCUCACAAUUAUUGUCUCGGGUUCCAUUUCUGGUAGUGCCAAGAUUCGGGUUGCAGCUGACAAGACGAUCUUUGGCGAGUCCGGCAGCUCAAUUACUGGCAUCGGCUUUUACAUUCGCCGGGUGAGCAAUGUCAUCGUGCGUAACUUGAAGAUCGGCAUGGUCGAUGCCAGCAAUGGGGAUGCGAUUGGAAUAGAUGAGUCAACCAACGUCUGGGUUGAUCACUGCGACCUUUCGGGCGACUUGAGCGGUGGAAAGGACGACCUGGAUGGCCUGGUUGAUGUCUCCCAUGGCGCAGACUGGAUCACUAUUUCUAAUACUUAUUUCCAUGACCACUGGAAGGGCUCUCUGGUUGGCCACUCUGACAGCAACGAGGAUGAGGAUCUUGGCAAGCUCCAUGUCACUUAUGCCAACAACCACUGGUACAAUGUCUACAGCCGCACUCCUCUCAUUCGUUUCGCCACAGUCCAUAUCGUCAACAACUACUAUGAUAGUCUUAUCCUCACGGGUGUCAACUGCCGCAUGGAUGCUCAGGUUCUCGUCCAGAGCUCAGCCUUUUCCAACUGCCCUGCUGAGGCCAUCUUCUUCGCUGACUCAGACUACACUGGCUACGCUGUGGUUGACGAUGUGGACUUGGGUGGUUCCCAAAACUCAGUUCCCGUGGGGACCCUGACGCCAAGCUCUUUGCCAUACAGCAUCAGCGUUCUUGGUUCUGGAGCCGUUGCUAGCACGAUCCCCGGAACAGCCGGACAGAAGCUGUAA